AUGGCAUUGACCAGCAAAAAUUCCUCUAUUACUGAAGUCUCCGAGUUCCUCCUGAACUGUUUUGUCAAAUCUCCAAACUUACAAUGCUGGCUCUCACUACCUCUAAGCCUGCUCUUCCUCCUGGCCAUGGGAGCAAAUGGCAUACUUCUAACCACCAUUCGACUAGAGCCAUCUCUGCACGAGCCUAUGUACUACUUGCUUAGUUUGCUCUCCCUGCUGGACAUUGUGCUCUGUCUCACUGUUAUCCCUAAGGUUCUACUCAUUUUCUGGUUUGACCUAAAAUCCAUCAGCUUUACUGCUUGUUUUCUCCAGAUGUAUGUCAUGAACUGUUUCCUGGCGAUGGAAUCAUGUACCUUCCUGGUCAUGGCAUAUGACCGUUAUGUGGCCAUCUGUCAUCCACUGCGCUACCCAUCUAUCAUUACUGAUCGAUUUGUUAUAAAGGCUGUUAUUUUCAUAGUGGCCCGAAAUGCCCUUAUUACUCUUCUUGUUCCUAUUCUGUCGGCUAGGCUGCAUUACUGCCACUCCAAUGUCAUUGAAAAUUGUAUCUGUGCCAAUCUAUCUGUAUCCAAGCUUUCCUCUGAUGAUAUUACAGUUAACCGCCUUCUUCAAUUUGCUGGUGGAUGGACAGUGCUAGGUUCUGAUCUCAUCCUCAUCUUUCUCUCCUACUCCCUAAUUCUUCGAGCUGUGCUGAGGCUUAAGGCUAAGGGGGCCGCAGCCAAGGCCCUAAGUACAUGUGGCUCCCACUUCAUCCUCAUCCUCUUCUUCAGCACCAUCCUGCUGGUCUUUGUUCUCACUCAUGUGGCCAAGAAGAUUGUCUCUCCUGAUGUGCCUAUCCUGCUCAAUGUCCUGCAUCAUGUCAUCCCUGCAGCUCUCAACCCCAUUGUCUAUGGAGUUCGGACCCAGGAGAUCAAGCAGGGAAUUCUGAAGUUACUGCACAAGGGUCUGUGA